CCCAUCCAUGCUUUUACUCUUCUGCUGCAAAUUACCAGCAAAAGCUAUGACAUCUCUCUGCUGCAGCCUCUGCCCAAUUUUCCCACCAUUUUCUUUCCAUCUGCUUUCCCACAAUCCAAACACCAAUUAAUUACUCCCACUUCUUUCUCUCUUGUAUAUAUUUUUUUCUUCUUGCAUUUGUGUUCUUCUAGUGUUAUUUGAUUCUCUUGAACCGACAACACGGAAUGGGCGGGAGAGAUGAUGACUUGGGACUCACUUUGAGUUUAGGUUUUGGUGUUACCACUCAGCCCACUCACAUGCAAAGGCCGUCGAUGCAUAAUCACCUCCGCAAGACUUCUUGGAAUGAGCUUUUUCAAUUUUCUGAUCGAAACGCCGAUUCGAGGUCGUUUCUUAGAGGAAUCGACGUGAAUCGGUUGCCGACGGGCGUGGACGGCGAGGAAGAGAACGGCGUUUCAUCUCCGAACAGUACGAUUUCUAGCAUUAGUGGAAAGAGAAGCGAGAGAGAAGCGGCUGGAGACGAGGCGGAGGCAGAGGCAGAGGCAGAGGCAGAAGCGGAAGCGGAAGCCGAGAGAGCCUCGUGCUCGCGAGGGAGUGAUGACGAAGACGGUGGAGGCGGGGACGGCGACGCCUCGAGAAAGAAGCUGAGGUUAUCUAAGGAACAGUCAAUGGUUCUUGAGGAGACCUUCAAAGAGCACAAUACGCUCAAUCCUAAGCAAAAGCUGGCACUUGCAAAGCAGCUGAAUCUGACACCAAGACAAGUGGAGGUGUGGUUUCAAAACAGAAGGGCAAGGACCAAAUUGAAGCAAACAGAAGUAGAUUGUGAGUACUUGAAAAGGUGCUGUGAGAAUCUAACAGAGGAAAACAGAAGGCUACAGAAGGAGGUGCAAGAGUUGAGAGCACUCAAGCUUUCUCCACAGCUCUAUAUGCACAUGAAUCCUCCUACCACCCUAACCAUGUGCCCUCAGUGUGAGCGUGUGGCGGUUUCUUCGUCUUCUUCGACGUCGGCUGCUACGACCACACGCCAUCCAGCAGCGGCUGGUGUGCAGCGUACCUCUAUGGCCAUCAACCCGUGGGCAGUGUUACCGAUUCAACGUUGAUUUGUUGAGUUGUUGAUCUUCUUGUGUUUCCUUGUGGGGGGUUGUGAGUUUAAUUAAUGUUUGUUGGAGGAGGACGGACAAUUUUGUUUUGGAGAUGCUGGUGGUGAUUAAGUUGGCUAGCUUUGCCCAGUUUUCUCCUGAAUGAAACCAAGUUAGAUUUUGGUAGUGAGAGAGGAAUGGACAAUGGAAUCAUAUGGUCAAAAUUAAGAUCAACGAAGACCCUUUUCUUUGUCAUUAA